ACCAGGUGGAGGCGGUGUCUGCCACGCGCUGUCCUCUGACCACCAGGGGGAGCCCUGCGACGCACUGCGCUCCGGGCCGCGCCGCCACGCUCUCUCGGCCCGCGCGCCCUCCGCGCACCACCCGUCGCCACGCCCGCCGCAGGCUGAGGGCCAGUCACUCGCGGGCCGGCGUCCCGCAGCCGAUUCGCGCCCCGCCCCUGCCCCGCCGCGGGACGAGUAACGGUUACGAAGCACUUUCUCGGCCGCGAUUUCUGCUUAGUCAUUGUCUACCAGGAAGCAGCUCCCUCAAUUUGGAGUCAGCUCUCCCGCUGCGGCCGCAGUAGCCGGGGCCCUAGCCGCAGCCACCGGUGCCUUCCUCUCCCGCCGCCGCCCAGCCGCCGUCCGGCCUCCCUGGGGCCCGAGCGGAGGCCAGGCUCCAGCCGCGCGGCGCCGGCAGCCUCGCGCUCCCUCUCGGGCCUCUCUCGGGCCUCGGGCACCGCGUCCUGUGGGGCGGCCGCUUGCCUGCCAGCCCGCAGCCCCUUCGCCGCUCGGCCCCUGGGCGGCCGCUGCCAUGGGUACCGACAGCCGCGCGGCCAAGGCGCUCUUGGCGCGGGCCCGCACCCUGCACCUGCAGACGGGGAACCUGCUGAACUGGGGCCGCCUGCGGAAGAAGUGCCCGUCCACGCACAGCGAGGAGCUUCGUGAUUGUAUCCAAAAAACCUUGAAUGAGUGGAGUUCCCAAAUCAACCCAGAUUUGGUGAGGGAAUUUCCAGAUGUCUUGGAAUGUACUGUAUCUCAUGCAGUAGAAAAGAUAAAUCCUGAUGAAAGAGAAGAAAUGAAAGUUUCUGCAAAACUGUUCAUUGUAGGAUCAAACUCUUCAUCAUCAACUAGAAGUGCAGUUGACAUGGUAGUGAGCAAGCAGAGCUGGAGAAGAAAAUUUUAUGAAGAUAAGGGAGCUACUAAAAACUUCUGGGACCUAGGAAACAAGAAAUUUUUUUCCCCAGAAAGAGGAGCAUGUAGUAGCUGCAAGCUGCCUAGGAAGAAGGCAGGUCAGAGAAACCCACUUGUCUGCCACACAGAGCAAGUAGCCUGUUCAGUCCUUGGAGUUGCACAGCUGGAUUCUGUGAUCAUUGCUUCGCCUCCUAUUGAAGAUGGAGUUAAUCUUUCCUUGGAGCAUUUACAGCCUUACUGGGAGGAAUUAGAAAACUUAGUUCAGAGCAAAAAGAUUGUUGCCAUAGGUACCUCUGAUCUAGACAAAACACAGUUGGAACAGCUGUAUCAGUGGGCACAGGUAAAACCAAAUAGUAACCAAGUUAAUCUUGCCUCCUGCUGUGUGAUGCCACCAGAUUUGACUGCAUUUGCUAAACAAUUUGACAUACAACUGUUGACUCACAAUGAUCCAAAAGAACUGCUUUCUGAAGCAAGUUUCCAAGAAGCUCUUCAGGAAAGCAUUCCUGACAUUCAAGCGCACGAGUGGGUGCCACUGUGGCUACUGCGAUACUCGGUCAUUGUGAAAAGUAGAGGAAUUAUCAAAUCAAAAGGCUACAUUUUACAAGCUAAAAGAAGGGGUUCUUAACUAACUUAGGAGCAUAACUUACCUGUAAUUUCCUUCAAUAUGAGAGAAAAUGGAGAUGUGUAAAAAUCUAGUUACUGCCUGUAAAUGGUGUCAUUGAGGCAGAUAUUCUUUCGUCAUAUUUGACAGUAUGUUGUCUGUCAAGUUUUAAAUACUUAUCUUGCCUCCAUAUCAAUCCAUUCUCAUGAACCACUUUAUUGCUUUCCUUAAACUAUUGUUUUCUAAUUGAAAUUGUCUAUAAAGAAAAUACUUACAAUAUAUUUUUCCUUUAUUUUUAUGACUAAUAUAAAUCAAGGAAAUUUGUUGUUAGAUAUAUUUUGGCCUAGGUAUCAGGGUAAUGUAUAUACAUAUUUUUUAUUUCCAAAAAAAAUUCAUUAAUUGCUUCUUAACUCUUAUUAUAACUAAGCAAUUUAAUUACAAUUGUUAAAACUGAAAUACUGGAAGAAGAUAUUUUUCCUGUUAUUGAUGAGAUAUAACAGAAUAACUGGAGUAGCUGGGAUUUACUAGUAGUGUAAAUAAAAUUCACUCUUCAAUACAUGAAUGGAAACUUAAAUUUUUUUAUGUGUCCUUGCUUAUAGUUUAGCUGUAAUGAUGUAACCAUGUAUUCUUGUACCGUAUUAUCUCUUUUUAUUACUUAUAAAGACAAACCAAAGUAAAUCUGAAAAGGAGACUAGAAGCUUUGAAAUUAUUGUUUGGGGGAUUUAUAAAAGCAACUACCGUCACCUCCAGAUUCUUUUAAAUUAUUGAUCCAUCCUUAGUAUAUAUUGCUACUCAUUCAAGAAUCCUCAGUAUUGAGUACUUACCGUAUGUUAGGAUACUGUGGGCUCUGGAGAGAGGAGGGGGCAUAGAGCCGGGAAUUAAGAAUCACUUGAGUAAAAUGUGUGAUAUUUAUUCCCCAUUAAUAACUGACUAGGAAGGACUAAAAGCCAGAAAGGGGAUGGAAAAAAAAUCCUUAAUUCAGGGCCAACAUUAUCUACUUAAACAACUUUGAGAUAUAGUCUUAACUAUUUUAAAGCAGAAUAAUAUAAUUGAAAGUUUAUUGCUAAAAGAGACUAUAUAGGUCAUUUAGUAUAAUUCUUCAUUAGUUUCAGAACCACAAAAUUGCAAAUAAAUAAGCUAUGAAUGUUGAUGUAUACUAUAAAUCUCCUUAAUUCUAUAAAUUUGUGUCUGUAACCUGAAUAAUCUGAAAACUUCUUUUAAAGUCUCUUGUAUCUCAGCCGGGCGCAGUGGCUCACACCUGUAAUCCCAGCAUUUUGGGAGGCCGAGGUGGGCGGAUCACGAGGUCAGGAGUUUGAGACCAGCCUGACCAAGAUGGUGAAACCCCAUCUCUACUAAAAUACAAAAAUUGGUUGGGUGUGAUGGCACUUGCCUGUAAUCCCAGCUACUCGGGAGGCUGAGGCAGGAGAAUCUCUUGAACCUGGGAGGCGGAGGUUACAGUGAGCCGAGAUCGUGCCACUGCGCCCCAGCCUGGGUGACAGAGCAAGACUCCAUCUCAAAAAAAAAAAAAAUCUUGUAUCUCAAUAUUUUUAAACCAUGGGCCUAAAUAAAACUAAUUUUGCUCAAGUUUUCUCAACCUAGGGAAAAAGAACUAUAGUUCCAUAUUCAAAAUAAAUAUAAUAGACCCUUUUCCUAAGUAAGAUUUUGUGGUUUACUGAUUGGCUAAUUUGAUCAUUAAAAUUAUGUAAAAUCUGACCAGGCACAGCUCAUGCCUGUAGUCCUAGCACUCUGGGAGGCCGAGGUGGGUGGAUCACCUGAGGUCGGGAGUUUGAGACCAGUCUGCUAACAUGGUGAAACCCUGUCUCUACUAAAAAUACAAAAAUUAGCCAGGCGUGGUGGCGGGCACCUGUAAUCCCAGCUACUUUGGAGGCAAGGCACGAGAAUCGCUUGAACCCGGGAGGGGGAGGUUACAGUGAGUCCUCUCCCGCCUGGGCAACAGAGCGAGACUGCAUCUCAAAAAUAAAUAAAUAAAUAAACAUCUCUUCUGUCUCAAUAUUUUUAAACCAUGGGCCCAAAUAAAACUAAUUUCGCUCAAGUUUUCUCAACCUAGGUGAAAAGAACUAUGGUUCCAUAUUCAAAAUAAAUAUAAUAGACCCUUUUUCUAAGAUUUUGUGGUUUACUGAUUGGGUAAUUUGAUCAUUAAAAUUAUGUGAAAUCUAUCCGGGCACAGCUCCUGCCUGUAAUCCCAGCACUUUGGGAGGCCAAGGCUGGUGGAUCACCUGAGGUCAGGAGUUCGAGCCCAGCCUGGCUAACAUGGUGAAACCCUGUCUCUACUAAAAAUACAAAAAUUAGCCAGGUGUGGUGGCGGGCGCCUGUAAUCCCAGCUACUUUGGAGGCAAGGCACGAAAAUUGCCUGAACCCAGGAGGUAGAGGUUGCGGUGAGCUGAGAUCACGCCAUUGCACUCCAGCCUAGGCAACAGAGCGAGACUGUGUCUGAAAAAAAAAGAAAUUAUGUGAAAUCAUGUGAUUUGCCUGGUAAAACUUGUUUAGAUAUUGAGCUACUUAAGCCUUCUAGCCUUUAUAUUAAUCGUAAUGUUAUUAAAUAUAUAUAUAGUUCAUCUUUACAUUUGGAUAUGCCUAUUUUUUUCAUAUAAGUCCUGAAACAAGUGUUAAUUUUAUUUUAAAUCUAUACAGUGAAGUGGCCAAGAUAUUUUAAGAGGGAACUUUAAUAUCCCAUUUAUUAUUUUUAUAACCCUGGACUUAUAAAAAUUGAUUGAUUGAAGGGUUAUUUUGAAAGUGGGGGAAAAAAACUUGGUUGCUAAUGUGUCUAAACUUCAGCAGAGCUUUUUGGUGAUCUCCUACACGCACCCUCAACUCUUCACAAAGAAGCAAGGUUAUAGAUUCAUUUUCUGAAGGGGAUUGUGUAUGGAAUUUUUUAAUAAGUUUUUAAUUUUACCUCUGUACUCUUGAUUUUCUAUUAUUGAAUAAUCUUUUAAAACACUGAUUUUUAAGGCUUUAUAUAUAAGCUUUCUAAGCUGAUGUUCACAUCUUUUUUUCAUGAACUAUAAGAAUAUAGUGAACACUUUUCAAAUAUUUAAGGACUUAAUGUUUAAAAAGCCAUAAAAUAGAGUGGUAAUACUACGAAAUAAUUACUUAAAACUGAAAGCUAAGUCAUCAAUAGUUUAUAUAACAGAUGUUUUCUGAGGAGAUGUGAAUCCAAUGUGACCAAGGUAGAAAAAGUUUAUAUAAUUGUUUUUUUUCCCAGUAAAUAUGAAAAAAAAAAAAAAAAAAGCUGUAGCUUGUUUAUUACAUUUCCAAAAUACACUGGAGCCUUACUUUAACACAAUGUACUGUAAUUUGGAAUUUGUUCUAUUAUGAGUCUAUCUUGAAUUCCCAUCCAUGAAACUGUAGUCACCAAAAGCAGCAAGUAUUUUCACAUGAUGUAAAAGACCAUAUUGUGCUAGUACGUUAAUAGAAUAUCCAUUUAGGGAUGGCCAUUGCUAGAACUUGAAUCACAAAUAAUAGCUAAUAAUUAUUCAUUUUUCAAAAAAGAUCAUUUGGAUAGCAGCUAUGUAUAAAAUGGAAAAUAAAAAAUUAUUCUGUUUUGCAUGAAUAGUUCAGACUUUCCCAUACCAGAGCCAAGUAGUAACUAAAAUUAGGAUCUUAAUUUUCAAUGAUAAAAAGGUUUAAGGCUUAUUUAAUUAUGCUCCUUUAACAUUGUCUUUCUAGAUUUUUCAGCCAGUAUUUUCAAUAUUUGGGAAUGUAAACAAUUGAUAUAUUUAUUGUAUGUUGGCUAGCAGUUCAUCCUUCUGCAAAAUAUGCAUUCGAAAAAAUGUAAAGCUUGUUUUAAUGAGGAUUUAAACCAUUUGUGUCAUUUAUGUUUUCAUAUUCAAAUAUACCAACUUAAAAUUCUGAACCUAUUUUUUUCAUCAUUAACUUCCUAUUAUACCAGAACGUAUACCUUUUUCCUGUAAAGUUGGCAAUGGGAUAUGGCAGUUUUAUUUUUGAAAAAUAUGUAACAUGACUUUAAUAUUUUUAUAGUUUUCAGAAUUAGAAACAUAGGAAGGGAAAAUGUUUUAAUUAGAUAAGUCAACUUUUUAUGUGUCAGUAGUGGUGUACUAUAAUAGCAAAUUAUAAAGCAUUAUUAAAUAUUUAUAAUAAUUUUUAAUAUUACCUACAUUAUGAAUUUAACCGAAAUAAAGUGUGAGUUGUAUAUUUUUAAUUGGGUUUUUUCAAUAACUGGAAGCAUCCUGAAGCAUUAUAUUGAUUUUUGAACUAUCUGAACUCAAACUAAGUAUGAUUUGAAAAUAAAUUAAUAAUUU